GAAGUAGACUUGGAAAAGUUAAAGGCCCAACAUUCCGAAUAUCAGGGGUACAAGUAAAUGCAAAAUUGGUUAUCUCACACGAAGAAGAGUUGGAACCUUUGCAUAAAUCCAUUCCUUCAGAUCCAGAGGAAAGAAAGAGAUACACCAUUCCUUGUCACACUAAGGCUGCUCAUUUUGAUAUGGAUUGGGGUAAGGAAGAUGAUUCCAACCUUCUAAUAGGCAUUUAUGAGUAUGGAUAUGGUAGCUGGGAAAUGAUAAAAAUGGAUCCAGAUCUCAACUUGACACACAAAAUUCUACCAGAUGACCCAGAUAAGAAACCCCAAGCCAAGCAGUUGCAGACCCGUGCAGACUACCUCAUAAAAUUAUUGAAUAAGGACAUUGCACGAAAAGAAGCACAAAGACUUUCUGGAAUAGGUUCAAAGAGAAGAAAGAUAAGAAUGAAAAAGAGCAAGAUUAUAAAAGCAAUAAAAAUGAAAGAGGAGCUAAAGAGUGACACAUCACCACCACCUUCAGAUAAGUCUGAUGAAGAGGAAGAAGAAGAUAUCAAGGAUGAAAUGGUUUCAUUGAAAAAUUCAAGUAAGAUAAAAAUGGAAAAAGAAAAUGAAGAAAAUCCUGAUGCAGCUAUUACUUUGAAAAAGCAGGCCGAUGAAAGAAGAGAAACUAAGGAAAAUAAAAAGGAAUUAAAAAGGGAGAAAAAAGAAAAAGAGGACAAGAAGGAGCUAAAAGAAAAAGAUAUGAAAGAAAAGAGGGAAAGCAAAGGAAAAGAAUACACCCACAAAGAAAAAGAAGUUAAAGAAGAAAAGACAAAUGAUUAUAAAUCUGACAGCAAAGACAAAAUAAAGAAACCCCCUUCAGCAGACACACCUGUUCAUAUAACAGCAAGUGGUGAACCUGUUCCUAUAUCAGAAGAUUCAGAGGAGUUGGAUCAGAAAACGUUCAGUAUAUGCAAAGAAAGAAUGAGGCCUGUCAAAGCGGCAUUGAAACAAUUGGAUAGACCAGAGAAAGGUCUUUCAGAAAGGGAACAACUAGAACAUACUAGACAAUGUCUCAUAAAAAUUGGUGACCAUAUAACUGAAUGUCUAAAAGAAUACACAAAUCCUGAACAAAUUAAACAGUGGAGAAAGAAUUUGUGGAUUUUUGUUUCCAAAUUUACUGAAUUUGAUGCCCGAAAACUACACAAAUUGUACAAACAUGCAAUUAAAAAGCGCCAGGAAACACAGUAUAAUGAACAGAAUAUCAAUAGCAGUGUGAACACAAAUUUGAUUAGAAAUCCAGAUAUGGAACGAUUAAAAGAGAACACGAAUCAUGAUGACAGUAGUAGGGACAGUUACUCCUCUGACAGAUACUUAUCACAGUAUCAUGAUCAUCACAAAGACAGACUUCAUGGAGAUUCUUACAAAAAAAGUGAUUCAAGAAAAAGGCCUUAUUCCACUUUCAGCAAUGGAAAAGAUCAUAGAGAUUGGGAUCACUAUAAACAGGAUAAUAGAUACUACAAUGAUAGUAAACACAGAAAGUUAGAUGAUCACAGAAACAGAGAUCACAGAUUGAAUCUGGAAGGAAGUUUUAAAGACAGUCGAUCACAUUUAGAUCACCGGAUACAUUUAGAUCAUCGAUCCAGUUCAGACUACAGUCAUCAUAAAUCUUCAAGAGAUUAUAGGUAUCACUCAGACUGGCAAAUGGACCACAGAGCUUCCAGUAGUGGACCCAGAUCACCAUUAGAUCAACGGUCACCUUAUGAUUCUCGAUCUCCUUUAGGACACAGAUCUCCUUUUGACCAUUCAACAGAUCAUAAAAGUACACCAGAACAUAUGUGGAGUAAUCGGAAAACAUAGCAAAGACUUAACAUUUCAUGGACUUCUUUUUAGCCAUACACAAUAAAACUAACACAGUAAUUGCCUUACAUGACUUGAAAGAUGUGGACCGGAUGUGCUCUGAGUAGCAGUAUUGUUACUACUUUCCAGUAUGCUAGUUAUAUUAUCCCCACAGAAGAAGAAAUAUUUUUGUAUUUAAAGUUUUAAUGCUGCACUGUGCUACAAAUGUUGUGGCACAUUUUUUUAAAGAAAUAGGAAAUGUUUACUUUUUACAGGGACCUCAACACUGCCCAACUUAGACUGGAUCUUAAUCUGAAUUCCUUGUCAAUAGUUUUAUCCUGAAUACAGUUUAAAUUAUGCUUUUAGAUGAGUAUUCACAUGAUAACCUGUGAUAGUAUUUCAGGAAAGGGGAUUUUUUCAAAGGAUGUCAUGACCUAGUUCACUUUCCAAAGCUACUUGUUUACGUUAUACGCUGCGACCACCUAGCCGCUUUUUCAUCACAAGCUUGAAUAUUUAAAUUCUGUACCUAUAAUUGUAAAAUAGUCAGGCGUUCUACAGUUUGAUCAGUUGUAAUGCCUUUUUACAAAAUGACUGUAAAUUAUUGUAAAUUAAUUAAAUGAGCUUCCCCUC